UAGGUGAGGUGGUAGUGGUGUAGUGGGUUAGGUUUAGUGGAGUAGGUGAGGUGGUAGUGGUGUAGUGGGUUAGGUUUAGUGGAGUAGGUUUAAGUGGGUGAAGUAGGUGAUAGGUUUUAACAAUUCAUGAACGCUUGUCAUUUAAUGAAAUGAAGUCGACAAUCCUAUUCAAACAUUUGGGGUUUGUUAUUGGCAUUUUGAUGCUGGAAAGUUGUCCCUAUCAGGCAGUGAUCUCCAGUUGGCAGCUAGUAAAGGGUCAUAUAGCUCUUGAUCAAGCAGUAUUUCCUGAAAAUACCCCUGGUUUUGUAUUGGAUGCUUUUGCCCGUUCUUUUCUUUGGAAGAUUGGACUUGAUUACCGACAUGGGACUGGACAUGGUGUACAAAUGAGGUGCAACAGUUAA